AUGGACGUCUACUCGUCGCGACGCCCUGCACUGUCCAUCGCGACGGACGACGACGGGAUUGACCGUCGCCGCUCGACGUCUCCUCAACCACCCACCUUCGGUGGAACGGAUUCUGGUCGCUGGUCAUCGAUUUCUCGACGUUCCACGAACUCGCGCCUGCCACCUCUGCCGGACGACAUCACGGUGCGACGCUCCGACACUUUUCGCUCGCGACCUCCCCCCUUGUCCUUCGACGGCUCGCGCAAAUCACGCCCGCCGUCCAUCGUGAUGAACGGUUCGUCGCUCGCGACCGAUCGUCCCAUCCCUCACUCCGCACCGGCCAACCGCAACACACACCGCUUCUUCGACGACACCUCGUCUUCGGAUGAGGAUCGUCAUGGGCGCCCUCGUUCCGGCCUCCUUCCUGGAUCUGCCGUCGCCAACUAUUUCAACCUCGAUUUCUCCUUUCUAGACGAAGAGCCUCCUCCCAGGACCACCUCGGCUUAUGGAGCGUUGCGGCGGUCUUCGGUCGAUAUCAGGCGGAAACCUGCGGGACGUGAGGAGGACUACUUCAGCCUGUCGAGGAUGAGCGAUGCCCUGCCUGCCUCGAAACGCGAUUCCGUCGGCUCCAGCAUGAGCCUUGGCCAAUCCGGCAGCAGUCUUCCGUUCCCCUCCCGCCCGAAGAACCCUCGUCGCAUCUCGACCGAGUCCGCCAUGACUCGCCGCAACAGCGUGCACUCGCCAGGCGAGCAUUCGGAGUACCUGUCAAGCCAUCUUAGCAGCUCUCUCGACGGUCGACGACCUUCAAUGGCCUCGAUCCUUUCCGGCAACUCGUACGCGAGCACCGGUUCGAGCUACGGCUACGGAUCUCGCCUGUCGCCCGCGUCGCCGACGUUCCCGCCCAUCGCCGAAGGAGGUCCGGACACAGCGGAGAAACGCAAGCGACUCGCAGCGUUCCUUGACGAGACGGCUUCGGCGAUGGAGGGCGGCAGGUCGCUGACGAUGGUCCUGCCAGAGUCGCGGCCGACUGCUCCGCAGCCAAAGACUCUGUCAGAACUGGCGGAGGAGUGCGCAAGCCCUGGACGCUCGAGCUCGCGCUCGUUGGAUCGUGUCGACUACCGCCAUCCUUUCGAUGGUCGACCAGCGUCCGCAGCACCCGCGCUAGAGGUCUCGCAAUCACCGACUUCUCGUGACACUGCAGUCCUUCCCAACCAGGAACCGUCACCCGAGCAUCCGCCUCGAGCUGGCUCGGCGCAGGAUCGCGACACCGUCUACUUCACGCCCAAAGCCGGCCAGUCCGCCGACGGGCACGAAGUCGAAGAAACGGCCGGCGCGACGUCGUCGCAGGCUGCGACGUCCACUGGUCUUGGUCUUGGCAGCGUCGACUUGCGGACGCCCUCUGCACGUUCCGUCUCGGAGCACUCGCCUUCGACUGUGCGCGCUAGCUCGCCGGCUUUCGAGGCUGCUCCCGAAUCUGCCGUGCAGACGACAUCGCCCACGGAAAUGUCGGUAGAGACUGGGCGGAAGCUGCGCAACUUUGAGAAGCGCAGGCGAAUCAUCCAGGAGCUCGUCGAGACGGAGACGACGUAUGCGGUCGACAUGGCCGUCGUUCGCGACAUCUACCUCGCUCGUGCGCGAGGAGCUCACAUGGCGCAGAUCGCGGACCACGUCAUGAGUACCGGUCUUGGCCUUGCAAAGGCUUCUCCGGCAAGCCCGCCUUCGCCAAGUCUCGCACCUCGACGAGCUUCGCACCGACCAGACGUCAAUCGCCGCGUCUCAUCCGGCUCAAGUGUCACGGGUCGCAACGAGUCGCGACGGGCGACUGUUGCAGCAAUGCCGAACCUCAUGCCUGGCCAGCCGCUCAUGUCGCCGAAGGACCUCCACAUCGUCUUCGCCAACCUCGAGGAGAUUGCCUCGCUCGCCGAGGGUUUCGCCAACCUCCUCGACAGUGCAUCUGGCGGUGAGGACCCCGACGCGAUGGACGACCGGAUCGGCGAAGUCUUCGUCGAGAUGAUUCCACGCAUCCAGCAAGUGUACUCGAACUACUGCGUCCGGCACCACCGUGCCAUCAUCCGCCUGCAAGAGCUCGAGCCCACUCUCCGCACGUAUCUGUCAGAAUGCAAGACGCUCUCGCACGGGCGGACGAACGCUUGGGACCUCGCCUCGCUGCUCAUCAAGCCGGUCCAGCGGUGCCUCAAGUACCCGCUCCUCCUCGACCAGAUCCUCGCCCUCACGCCGGACGACCACCCGGACCGAGUCAGCCUUCAGCGCGCCAAUACCGACGUCCUCAUGGUCGCCGAGCAUAUCAACGAGUACAAGAAGCGCAACGACGCCGUCGCUCGCGUUGUCGCCAAGGACAAGUCGUCCCAGCGCCGUGACUCGUCUCGCUCGAUCUCGUCGACCGUGACGAAGAAGCUGCUCCGCUCGUCGCAGAAGGCAAAGACGGCGCUUGGGUUCGCCGAGAACGGCGGGGACGAGAUGUUCGACACGCUCGUUGCGCUCGUCGACAGCACCCGGAGCGGCGUCCUUCGCUUCUCGAACGAGAUGCGCGACUGGACCAAGAGCACGAAGACUGCGCUCGAGGCGCAGGUCGGCAUGGUCGAGGGCUGGAUCAACAUGUACGCGCCCAUGGCAGGCGAGCGGCACUCGCCCGCCAGCAUCAGCCACCGCCGACUCUGCAUCUUCCUCGACGAGGUCCUCAUCCCUAUCAUUGAGGGUCCUUGGCGAGAGCUUGACUACGAGGUCCGACACUCGCUCAUCCUCAAGACUGACCACCUCCUCAGCCUGUUCGAGAACCCCCGCCAAGUCAUCGCGAAGCGCAACGACAAGAUGCUUGACCACUCCCGCUACCUCGCCAAGAAGCUGCCAGCCGACAGGCGCGGAUCGGAGGAGUUCCUCCUCCUCUCGUCGCAGCUACUCGAGGAGCUUCCUCGCUUCCUCGGCUCCGUCUCACGCUACUUCAACAUCAUAGUCGGCCACUUUGCCGGUGCCCAGGCGGCGUACCACGAAACGGUGCAGGAGCGCUGGGUCGCCUUUGCCGAGCAGUGGCUCGUCCAGGUGCCGGAUGGCUCGUACGAAGACAUCGAGGCGUCAUUUGAUGCGGCCCAUCAGCCUCUCGCGCAGAUGAUGGAGACUCUUGCCGCCGGUCUCGGGAUUCCCGCCUCUCAGUCGACGGCGUCAUCCCCUCUCGGUCAUCAGCGGUUCUCCCGCGUCUCGCAAGCCUCGGGACCAGCCUCCGUUUCGAGCCCGUCUCGCCCAUACGCCUCGCAGCCUACCACGCCUGACGAGCCUCGCCACUCGAAGCGCCGGUCGUACUUGUCCAGCACGACCGAGUACUCGUCCGAGCACCUCAGUCGCGGCAGUCUCGGGUCGACCUAUCGCAGCAGCGUCACCUCCGACUCGUCCGCGCCGUCCCUCCGGCCCCCAUCGGCAGACGGUUCAGGAUCGUCGAAGACGACUGAGCCGGUUACGCCGCCGCCUCUCCCGCAGCACUAUGUCGUCGUCAAGAACAGCGAAGGUCGCUUGUCGAAGGUUAUGCACGAGCCUCUCAACGGCUACGACCGCCGCUCGAUGGCCUUGCGCUACGACGCGCCUCUUCCUCCUGCGCCUGGCGUUCAGCCGACGUCUUCUUUGCCGUCGGCGACUGCGGCCCGCAGGAACGGCUCGACCGAACAAAGCAGCGACUCUAGCGUUGCCCGUCCGCGUGAGACGGCUGGCCGUACCGCGCAGGAGCUGCGCGAGCGCUACUUGUCGACGUACAGCGUCUACUUGCCGGCCGACGAAGGCGACGACGAGGACGACUUCGGCGCCGACGGCCCGUUGUACGUCGCCGAGGCUGUCAACGCGUGCCGCUCGUCCGGCUACCGCUCUGGGUAUCCUAUCUGGAGUCUCGAGGUCGGCGACCGACUCACGGUCGAGCUCGAGGAGGCAGACAGCGCAGAGGGCGGCGCGGGAUGGUUGCUGUGCAGGAAGGACGGCGUCGGCAAGUUGGGCUGGGCGAGGACGGAGGACCUUGUCAUGAUCGAGACGACUGAGGAGGAGGAGGGGUCGUCGUCGUCGCAGUCGGCGUGA